ACUACGCGCACCUUUAUACACAAAUAGACUUUUUUAUGUUUCUAUAAAUGUUUUAUGGAUUACGGUAUGAAACAUGUUUUUUCAGUGUACAAGUUUAUAAUACUUAUAUAAAGAAACAGGACUUGGGAAUUAUUAAGGAUGACAUCUAAACUAGGACUUUAUAUAUAGUUGAUAUAUAGUUGAAAGUGACAUCAAAUAUAAACAAUGACAGAUAAGGCAGGAUUUGUGUACUAUAAGUAUAGUGGUUGCUACCAAAAUGAUGACCAAAGGUUAUUUGACGAUGGACUCCAUUACAGUGGCGAUAAAAUGUCCUCUAAAAUAUGUUUUCAAUACUGCAGUUUUAGUGGAGAUAUAGAAAUAAAUAGGUUCUUUGCUACUUCUAACAAAAGUUCUUGUUAUUGUGGUAGUGAAGAAGAACUUGGAUCUGGUAAAUACCAAAAGCGGGAUGAUUUUGAAUGCAGUUUGGAUUGUUUGGGACACCUGAAUGAAAAAUGUGGAGCUUUACUGAGGGCUUCAGUUUAUGAAAUUCGCAUAGGGAAUGCAUCUGCUGUACAGGAAGCAGAAGAAUCUCGGAACAGAACAUUGUCUGGAAGCAGUGAAGUGUCAACGACCAAACCAUCACAUGGUCUUACAAGAACUGGUGGUGAUAUAGGUACUGCUAUUGGUGUAUCAACAGUCCUUGUCUAUUUACUCGUUGCAAGUCUUAUAUAUAUAUUCGUGCUUCGAAGAAGAAAACCAAGUCCUAGGAGACUUACAGAAACACGUCCUCACCACCAACAUGUUCGAAACCACAUAAGUGUUCCUUCUAUGACAGAUAUAUCUGAACAGACGCUAAUUAUUCAGAACGAGACUCCUAUAUAUGAAAACACAGAUUCUGUUACUCUCCCUAGCGAAAUAAGUGAGACAUCUGUUUAAUUAUAUUUGGCAAUAUAACCAAAACAGGGAAUACAUUUUUGAAACAAUUGUAAAAUAAUUUGGUGACUUUUCGACAAGGUCAAGAGUGACAACCUGAAACUGGAAACCAGGGAAGACGUUUCUAGUCAUUUUACGAUAUUUUGUUUAUUUAUGCAUAUUACGACGAAGACGUCUAGACACAGCUCAUGAUAAUAACAUAUACGAAUUACCUAUUAAUGAUGUCCAUCAAAUAAUAUGUAAGACCAUUAAAUGUUAUGUUUAAUUUUUUUUUUAGCAAAGCACAAUAAAAAAGUAUUUGAAAUACAUGCAGGAGAAUAAAAUGCAGAACCACAAAAUUAUAAACAUAAAUUUAUACAUGUAUUGAUAUAAGAGAUUCAAAAUUUUCGAAUGCUGAUUUAUACAAUAUAUGUUAAAUUAUCAGAAUUUGUAAAAGAGGGACGAAAGAUACCAGAGGGAUAUUCAGAAUCAUUGAUAGAAAUUAAACUGCAGCGCCAUGGUUAAAAAAAGAAAAACAAAAGACACACGGACAAAUAAUAGUGCACAAGACACAACAUAGGAAACUGUAAGAUUCAACUGAUUUUCACCACCAGUGUCAAAUAACAUCAGUCGUCAGUAUCUGAAUUGGAAAAGCAAUAAACUUCAAAAUUAUGCUUUAACUUUUUGCAAGGCUGGUCAAUGGUAGAUUCUUCUUAUAUUCAAAAUCUAAAA